CGCUAUUGGCAACACUGUUUACGCGCCAUUUUACCGUAAACAAACACUUCGAGUUUGUUUUGAGGCUUGUUUUGCGGUCUCCGAUUUUCAGCCUUUCCCCUCGGCUCGUGGGGAGGAAUAUGGUGUCCUUCCCCUCUUCCUGUUGGGCCUGUUAGCAACGCGAGGAAGAAAGAGGGACGAUGAAGGCCAUUCUGAAGUACAUUGAGGUGGAGAACUUCAAGUCCUAUCGAGGCUUCUAUCACAUCGGCCCGCUGAAGCCUUUUACGGCGGUCAUCGGCCCCAAUGGCUCCGGGAAAUCCAACUUCAUGGAUGCCAUCUCUUUCGUCAUGGGAGAGAAGACAUCCAGCCUGCGUGUGAAGCGUCUAAGUGACCUCAUCCAUGGCGCCUCGAUUGGACAGCCCAUAUCAAGGACAGCUCAUGUGACGGCCGUCUUCACACUCGAAAGCGGUGAGGAGAAGAGGUUCACUCGUCUGGUACAAGGCUCGUCAUCAGACCAUAAGAUCAAUGGAAAUGUGGUCAGCAGCCAGACCUAUCUCAAGGAGUUGGAAUCUCUAGGCAUCAAUGUGAAGGGCAAGAAUUUCCUUGUCUUCCAGGGUGCUGUGGAAUCCAUUGCAAUGAAGAACCCAAAGGAAAGAACAGUGUUGUUUGAAGAGAUUAGUGGAUCUGGAGCACUGAAAGAGGAGUAUGACCGGCUCAAGACAGAAAUGUUGAAAGCAGAAGAGGAUACACAGUUUACGUACCAGAAGAAGAAGGGCAUUGCAGCUGAACGUAAAGAGGCCAAACAAGAGAAGGAAGAGGCAGAGAGAUAUCAGCGCCUAAAGGAUGAACUGGGUGAAAAACAAGUAGAAAUGCAGUUGUUUAGGCUGUACCACAAUGAAAAGGAGAUUGCAGAAUUUGACAAAGAAAUUAAGAGGAAGCAAGCAGACCUGGAGAAAGUGGAAAAGAAGAAGGAAAAAGCUGAGGAGAUCUUGAAGGAGAAGAAAAAGGAACAUACACGAGUGUCGAGGGAAAUGUCCAAGAUGGAGCAGGAUAUUAGAGAAUUGGAAGCUGAGGUCAACAAGAAGCGGCCAACCUUCAUCAAGGCCAAGGAGAGAGUCACUCACAUGCAGAAGAAGGCCGAUUCUGCCCGCAAAUCUCUCGCACAGGCCAUCAAAGCCCACAAUGCCCACAUGGAUGAUAUCAGGGAACUGGAGGGCGAGCUUCAGGAGGUUGAGAAGAAAAGGGGCGAGUUUGAGGAACAAGUCUCGCAGGAUUCAGAAAACCAGGGAAAGAGUGUUCAGCUGGAGGAGGUGCAAAUCAAAGAAUACCACAGACUAAAGAACAUGGCUGCUCGUAAGUCUGCCCAGUACCUUCAAGAGCUUGAUUCAAUCAACCGCGAACAGAAGUCAGACCAGGACAGGCUAGACAAUGCCCAGAGACGAACUUCAGAGAUUGAGAGUCGCCUCAGACAGAAAGGUCACGAGCUAGAGGAGGCACAGAAGCGUGUGGAGAAGCUAAUGGAACAUAUCAGACAAUCUGAAACAUCAUUAGAAGACCAGAAGAGACUAAGACAGGAGUUGGUAUCAGAUGUAGGUUAUAGCAAAGAACGUAUAACUCAGCUACAAGAACAGCUGGAGAAUGUGACUGAGCAGCUUGGUGAUGCACGUGUUGACAAACAUGAAGAUGGACGCAGAAAGAAAAAACAGGAGAUUGUGGAAAACUUCAAGCAGUUCUACUCUGGGGUGUAUGACAGAAUGAUCAACAUGUGUCAGCCCAUUCACAAAAGGUACAAUGUUGCCAUUACAAAAGUCUUGGGUAAAUACAUGGAGGCCAUUGUUGUGGACACUGAGAAGACUGCCCGUCAGUGCGUCCAGUACCUCAAAGAUCAGAUGUUAGAUCCGGAGACCUUCCUACCCUUGGAUUACAUUCAGGCCAAGCCCCUUAAAGAGAGACUGAGGAACAUCAAGGAACCUAGGAAUGUAAAGCUUCUGUACGAUGUGUUGCAGUAUGAUCCACCUGAGAUCAAGAGGGCUGUGCUUUUUGCUACAAACAAUGCUCUUGUGUGUGAGACCCCAGAGGAUGCCUCCAAAGUGGCUUAUGACCUGGAGGAUGGUCAUAGAUAUGAUGCUGUUGCACUUGAUGGUACCUUCUUCUCCAAGUCUGGUAUCAUUUCUGGAGGUAGUUUGGAUCUUGCCCGUAAGGCCAAGAGAUGGGAUGAAAAGCACCUCUCUAACCUCAAAGCCUCGAAGGAGAAGCUGUCUGAAGAGCUCCGGGAAGCUAUGAAGAAAUCUAGGAAGGAGUCAGAGCUUAACACAGUUGAGUCGCAGAUUCGUGGCAUUGAGACAAGGCUCAAAUAUUCUAAGACAGACAAAGACUCAACAGAGAAACAGAUUGCUGGGCUGCAGAAGGAGCUGGACAAGCUGAAAGCAGAACUCAACACCUUUGAGCCCCAGUUGCGGGAGAUUGAGAAGGUCAUGGGUGAGCGGGAAGCCACGAUGAGUGAUGUCAAAGAAAAGAUGAACACAGUGGAAGACGUGGUGUUUGCUGACUUCUGCAAGUCCAUUGGAGUCACUAACAUCCGACAGUAUGAGGAGCGAGAGUUGCAGGCUCAAACAGAUAGGGCAAACCGCCGCUUAGAGUUUGAAAAGCAGAAGAAUAGAAUAUUGAAUCAACUUGAGUUUGAAAAGUCACGUGACACUCAGAGCAAUGUAGCUCGAUGGGAAAGAUCAGUACAGGAUGAUGAGGAUGCUCUAAGAGCAGAAAAACAGGUAGAUCCAAAUGUCUUUUUCCAGAUGGGUGAGAUAGACAAGAGCAUGAGAGACCUGGAGAAGAAAAGAUCAGAGAAACUUGCCAAGAAGUCAGAGUGUGAUGAAAUGGAUGAUGAAAUUGGCAAGGCACGAAGGGAAGUGGGCACCAUUGCCAAAGACAUCCAGAGUGUGCAGAAGCAGAUCAAUUCGAUUGAUCACAAAAUGGAACAAAAGAAGGGGGAGAGACAUUCCAUCCUUAAACAAUGCAAGAUGGAUGACAUCUUGGUUCCAAUGACUCGAGGCAACAUGGAAGACAUAGAAAAUGAAGGCCGAGAAGCAGGAGAAUCUACGUUGGAGUAUUCUUCAGGCCUCAACACACAGGUGAUGUAUGAGAAAGAGUCUAGAAUUGUCUUGGACUACACAUCCCUAAGCGAAACACACAAGGAACUUGAUGACAUUGAUGAUGUGCAUAAGGCUGAGAAGCGCAUGCAGAAGCAUAUCAAUGACCUCAUGAACACCAUUCAAAGAAUUCAGGCCCCCAAUAUGAAAGCAAUGCAGAAGCUUGACUUGGCAAGAGAGAAACUCCAGGAAACAAAUGAGGAGUUUGACAGCGCUCGCAAACGGGCAAAGAAAGCCAAGCAGGCUUUUGAAAGAGUAAAGAAGGAGCGUUAUGACAAAUUCAUGGCAUUCUUUGAGCAUGUCUCAAAUGAGAUCGAUGGCAUUUAUAAGGCUUUGGCCAAGAACGCCUCUGCCCAAGCCUUCCUCGGCCCAGAGAAUCCAGAGGAACCCUACUUAGAAUCUGGCAGAGGUAGACUGCAAAAAUGGUUCCAAAGAAUGUUUUUUUAACCACUGAAUAAACAACAAGCAGAAGGCUAAAAAGAAAAAAAUCUUCUUUUCCUUCUUUCUUCCUUCCUUCCUUCCUUCCAUCUCAAGAAUUGAAUGUAAUACACAAUUGGUGAUACUAUCUUCAUGGAAAUUGCCUGAUGCCUCACUGGCCAAAAAAAUGUUCUCGCAGACUGCCCAUUCCCACACCUUGAUUCGGCUGUAGGUGGAAAGGUGUUGCAAAUUGGUAAUUAGUUUGAUUUCUUUCAAUCUUUUUUCUUUGAAACUUGAAAUCUUGUGAGUAAAAAUUAUACUACAAGUAUGAGGUGGGAUAUUUUGAUUAUGUUGAGAGAACCAUAUCUGUAGAUCCCCCUCUGUAAAGGUCUAUGAGAGUAUGUAACAUCAAGAACUAUCUGUUUCCUUUUGUAUAUAAGCAAAACAAAAAGUUUAAAUGAACCUAUGGAAGUAAAUAUUUAGUUUUGUAUUUUCUAAUUUUUGGUAUUUGUUUGUCUCUGGAUAAACAUGUUUUUAUUUUGAGUUUUCCAUCUUUUAGAAGUAAUUUUCAUUGUUGGAUGGUAUAUACCAACUGAUGCUUAAUGAUAGUGCUAUUUGCUAGUAUUUCAGCCCAUUUUUUGAGUCCAUAUAUAUUUAUUUAUGCAUUUACAGUUUUAUUUAUUUAUAGUAAAACAAAAUAGGAUAUAAAAAGUAAUGAAUCUGAAAGGUCAAACAUGGAUAUGGUAUUUAUACAGCUCUGCAUAAGUAAUGCUGUUUUUUUCUUAUAAGAAGUUGAUAUUGGUCUGGUAGUCUGUGCAGAUUGCAGUACAAUUUUCAUUGUUGAUUCAACACCUGAUGACUGUUAUAAACUCACUUCAUUAUUAUGUUUAUUAUGUAUACCAGUCAGAUAAUAAUGCGGCCACAGGUGAGCAUCAGAAUUUAAAAACAGCAGCAAAAUUAAUUUGUAUGAUUAUUUAUCUUUUAUAUAUGUGUGUGUGUAUAUAUUUAUAUACAUACACAUGCAUACAUAUUUACAUAUAUACAUAUAUGAAUAAUUUUAGUUGAAAGAAAGAAAAAUUAAAUUUAUCAGAUUUACUGUUGGAGCAGAAUGAAAAAUUACAGUAGUACUUUGGAGAUGAUUAGGUCAGAUUACCAUAGCAGUUUUUAUUUUUAUAAUGUUUAAGUGGAAACUUGUAUAGGAGAAAGAUGCAGAUUUUAUUUUAUUUUCAGUUCCCUUGAGUUUCAGUACAAAGAAACUUUAGCAACAGAAUUUUUGUCCUUGUGAGUAAAUAAAAGAAUAUUCUGUA